AUGAGCUCGGAAGCGAACCCGCCUGUCUUGGAGCCCUUCACCGUUACGGUGGUGGAUAGAAACGUUAAGCACCAGGUUGAAGGCGAGCCGGAAGAGGAAGGCCACCCAGACCACGAGGUGCAGGGCGUAAUGUUCGCCACAAAUGUUAAGUACAUAUUUGAGGACGACCAAGAGCUGCUGCCGGAGCAGGAGGACCCUGCAAUCGAAAACGUGGUGAUCAUAGAAGCGGACGAGUCGCUGAGGGUGACGCAGGUGGAGCUCAUCAGCGACCAGUUCAAGCAGGUGGGGUAUGAGGUACGCGACGGCAAUGAGGUGUGCAUCGACGCGCUCUCGAGAUUCGAGACGCCGCGGCAACUGGGUAACCUCCCGCUGGAAAAGCUCGUCCAGCUUUACAAGCUGCAGAACGACCAGCUACAUAGCCUGUUCAAUACACUCUGA